AUGUUCAAAGGGCGGAAGAUCCUCACGCAACAGCUCCUUACCCUCUGGGUAUCGACUCCGAGAUUCGAACGUAUAGGCAGCCGACGGUCACUGUCCUCCCUUACUAUCAGCGGAAAGCCCAGACAAAACGUUCCUUUGCCGAGUCAAGAGACGCCGCAUAGUCCGGUUCAAUAUGCAUUGACAACACUGGACCAACUCGUCAACUGGGCUCGGCAGGGCUCCCUAUACCCCAUGACCUUCGGACUCGCCUGCUGUGCCGUGGAGAUGAUGCAUAUUGCCGGGCCCCGGUACGAUGGAGAUCGUCUCGGUCUAUUAUUUCGAGCUUCUCCAAGACAAUCCGACCUGAUGAUUGUCGCUGGCACACUCACCAACAAGAUGGCGCCCGCCUUACGACAAGUCUACGAUCAGAUGCCGGAACCACGAUAUGUGAUCAGUAUGGGUAGCUGCGCGAACGGGGGAGGAUAUUACCAUUAUAGUUACUCGGUGGUUCGGGGCUGCGAUCGGAUCAUCCCGGUCGAUAUUUACGUUCCUGGUUGUCCGCCGACCGCCGAAGCGUUACUAUACGGAAUCUUCCAGAUCCAGAAGAAGUGCGAUGAAAAGCGGCCGCAAUGUUCCAAUUGCGACAAUAGACGGGACAUUUGUCGUUAUGCUACUCCGGGCCCGUGGCUCUGGACCAACAACGCUACCAGCGAUGGCUCCACAGCAGCACAGCCAGAAGGGAUGAUGGGAAGCAGAGAGGGAGCAUUACAUGGUCAUCCUAGUCCUACUGAUGACCCGCGCAUUGGUCCCGAAGUAUCGCCUCCUAUGAGCGAGUUCAACAUCCCCCAUCUGAGACUGCUUCUCAAUUGGACAACCUCAACUUGCCACACCCUCUCUCGGAACGAUGCAGAUUCUCGGGUGUGGCAAACCGUUAUCCCCGAACAGGCGUUAUCUUGUUGUCACCUAAUGCAUGGCAUAUUCGCUGUCUCAGCACUUCACCUCGCCAUUACCAGUGAGUGCCAUGGCAGUGAACGACAGACCUUGGUCGAAGCCGCAGAGCAGCACCAAAGCGAAGCAAUCAAGAUGUUCACGAAGAUCGGUGAUGACGUGGAACCACCAAGCCACAAUGUAAGCUUUGCUCUAUCGAGUCUCUUGAUUGGCUUUGCCUUUGGCUUCCCUCUCGCCGUGGGCUCACAGCAUCCGACCAAGGCCAAUUCGCUAGAUGAGCUUGUUGAGGUAUUCUUGCUUAGCCGCAAAAUGAUCAAGUUCGCAACACCCAUAAUGGAUGAGGUUCAUAGAAGCCAAAUAGGCGACCUCCUCCUGGUUGCUGAGGUACAGUCGAAUCUGUCGUCCGCUUCCCGUGUGGUGAUCAACGCUCUCCAUGGGCUGCUGAACACGGUGUACUCGCCAACGUAUGAACACUACCAAGUCUUCACCGAUACGAUCGCCUGCCUCGAAAAGCUAUAUACGGAGCUAGACAGCACAGGAGACAUUGUUUCGAGGGCCUUCAUGUGGAUGUGUGACGUGCCGGAGAGAUUCAUUGGCUUUGUCCAGGCCUCGAACCCAUUUGCAUUGGUGAUAAUAGCACACUAUUGUGUAGUUUUGCAUCGGUUGAGAGACCGCUGGUGGAUUGGAUCAUGGGGGGAGCGCGUGAUAAAUGCCGUUGUGACGACCCUGAGACCGGAAUGGAAGCCUUCUGUAGCCUGGGCCCUCGAAACGGUGAAGGCACCACAUUAA